AACCAAUGUUCUUUCCAGUUUCAACGGUAAAUAACGAUCAGUUGAAGUCAUCAUCAUUAUCCUGCACACCCGCGCAAUCUAGCACUACUGCAUUGACACUGCUAACUUACACCAAUCUUCUUCUUCUUCUUCCUCCAGUAACAAACUCCAACCUCACUUGCAUUGCAAACACUGCCUUAUCCAUUAACUAUGGAGUCUUACCUCUUAGACACCUGUUCAUGGAGAUAUUCUUUAACGUCCACCACCUAUUCGACAAAAUUCCGCAAUGACAGUUCUCACAUUCCAAUCCCACAAAUUCGAUGCCUUCAUGUAUUAUCGAAACGCAGCUCCUCUUCUUCAAGGGAAAUGCAUAAGAAUUCCGAUAAGGACCUGUCUCGGAUUUUGCGAACUGAUGCAGCUAUUAAAAACAUUGAGAGAAAAGCAAAUUCCAAGAAGUAUAACAAAUUGUGGCCUAAAGCUGUUUUGGAGGCACUUGACGAGGCUAUUAGUAACAAUUUUUGGGAGACUGCCCUAAAGAUUUUUGGACUACUACGUAUGCAACACUGGUAUGAGCCGAGAUGUCAAACAUACACGAAACUCUUGGUGAUGCUUGGCAGGUGUAAGCAACCUCAGCAAGCCAGCUUGUUGUUCGAGAUCAUGUCCUCUGAUGGGCUGCAGCCUACUCUUGCUGUCUACACCGCCCUUGUUGGUGCGUAUGGCCAAAGUGGUCUCCUGGACGAGGCAUUUUCUGCUGUGGCUGAUAUGAAAUCAGUCUCUGAUUGUGUACCAGAUGUAUAUACAUAUACUAUUCUUAUCAACUGCUGCAUUAAGCACCACCGUCUUGAUCUGAUUCAACGUGUUCUUGAUGAAAUGUCGUAUUUUGGGAUCGAAUGUAGUACUGUCACAUACAAUACUCUUAUUCAUGGAUAUGGUAAGGUUGAGAUGUUUGAACAGAUGGAGAGCACAUUGACUGAUAUGAUUGAAAGUGGGAACACCCUUCCGGAUGUUUUCACAUUGAAUUCUAUUCUUGGGGCUUAUGGAAACUAUGGCCAGAUUAGUAAGAUGGAGAAAUGGUACGAUGAGUUUCAGCUUAUGGGGAUUAGACCAGAUGUUAAGACCUUCAACAUCUUGAUAAAAUCAUAUGGGAAAGCGGGCAUGUACGAUAAGAUGAGCUCGGUUAUUGAGUACAUGGACAAAAGGUUUUUCUCUCCCAAUGUUGUUACCUUCAACAUAGUUAUCGAUGUAUUUGGAAAAGCCGGUGAUGUUUCGAUGAUGGAUGAUUACUUUAAGCAAAUGAAACAUAGAGGACUGAAGCCUAACUCUAUCACAUACUGCUCUCUUGUGAAUGCUUAUAGUAAAGCCGGGCUUAUAGAGAAAGUUGAUUCUAUUUUUAUGCAAGUUGCAAACUCUGAUGCUACACUGGACACACCCUUUUUCAACUGUGUUAUCAAUGCCUAUGGUCAAGUUGGCGAUGUCAAUAUGAUACAUGAAUUGCUUUUGGCUAUGAAGGAGAGGAAUUGUUACCCUGACAAUAUCACUUAUGCCACUGUGAUCCAAAUCUACAAGGCUCAAGGCAUGAAUGAUGCUGCUCAAGCUAUGGAGAGUAAGAUGAUUAACCCGAAGGAGCAUUCAGAUAACUUGAAAGGACUCAUAUGUUAAACCGAUUCUAAUCACUAAUUUACUAGCCAUUUGCCACAAUGGGCCAUGCAUACAGGGCCAAUGCAUUUUAAAUGAGCUGGACUUGGUGCCAUAUUACAAAGGCUCAAAAGAAACUAUAAAAGGAUGGCUUGACUUCUGAGUUUGGGCUUCAUGGAAACUAUUAUUCUGUUACUUCCUGUGAAGUCUUAAAGUGAAUGAGUUCAAUUUGGUUUGGUUAUUGGACUCCAACUCUGUGACCAUGGAAUAGAUUUUCAAGUCAAACAUGGGUAUUGGUUCACUAAGUGACAAGCUCAGCCCACACCAACUAUGCAACCAAUGAUGCAGAUGGCAAUAUAGUUGGAAGUCCCUAUCUGAGGAUGGUUUGCUAAGAUCUUUUACCCUUUAAAGCUUUCUUUAUUCUGUUUCAAUUUACUGACAAAAGUUAAUUAACUAUGAACUUUGUCCAAAAGUAUGUUUUCAGUCAUAGCUCAAAUUAUGUUUCUCCUAUUUCGAGAGUUAGACACAUGAUGGGGGUUGGCCCCGAAAGACUAAAGCAAGAAUCUUCUAAUUGAUCCAUCAAAAACUAACACAUAUAAAAGAAGCUCGAUCUUAGAAAAAUGAGCAUACACUCUGUAAUGUUCUAUACUGAAUUGUAGUAUAUUACAUUCUUU